CACGAUUAGCAUAUUUAUUGAUGAAAUAAAUAUGUAUUUUUAUAUUAAUAUAUAUACUCUACUACUAAUUCACCUACAAAACCCUCCGUCUAUCUCUGUCUACAGCUGAAGGAGGCAUCACAAUUUCGAUUUUACAGGUUACGAAACAAUGGCAUCAAAACUGCCGAUAGUGAAAGCAAAAGCCGUUGAAGCUUCAAAGUUCUUGACCAAGAAUGGAUGUGCAUACUACAAGCAGAUGUUGGAGCAGAACAAACAAUACAUUCAAGAGCCACCUACUGUGGAGAAAUGCCAGCAAUUGGCGAAACAAGUGUUCUAUACUCGCUUAGCUAGUAUUCCUGGACGUUAUCAAGCAUUCUGGAAGGAACUUGGUGAUGUCAAGAACUUGUGGAAGCACAGACAGGAGCUGAAAAUUGAGGAUGCUGGCAUUGCUGCUCUUUUUGGGCUAGAAUGUUUUGCUUGGUUUUGUGCUGGGGAGAUUGUAGGUCGAGGGUUCACGAUUACUGGUUAUUAUGUCUAAAUCUCCCAAAUAUUAGGUUUUCAAAGGAAUGACUUAAAUCACUGUCGAUAAAAGAUCAUCUUCAAUCUCUAACUUGUGCGGGAUAACACAUACCAACGAGAUACGGAUUUUCAAAUUUUGAUGUUUGGCAAGAACAACUUACGUAGAGGAUGAGUUAGGAGCCUUGUGUUUGCUUCAAUAAAGCAGCUUUGAGCAUGUUGUUUUCAUGAUUACUGUUUCUUGUUACAUAAUUAAAUCCACAUUAUCACUAUAACAUUCUUAUACCUACAAGGGGUGUGUUGCGAUGCAAGGAUCACUCUUCCUUCAA